GAGCGCGCGGACGCCAAAUUUAUAACCGCGCUUAAUAAAAAUGCCGAACUACUAUAAACUUAUUUAAAAAAAGUGCCUAUUUUAUAUGAGAAAAUAUUGUUUUUAAAAAUAGUUUUUACUCACAAAUUUUAUAUAUUUUUACUAUUAGUGGUUAACUGUUUUAAAGUCUAUUUUAAAUUACUGAAAACUACAAAACUUAGUGAUGUCAGAUGUCAAAUUAGCGCUGAUUUUUUAAUUGUUAUGUGAUUAGUUAAUGACAUAAGUUGAUGUGUGACUCAUUUUAUUGUGCCUUUAGAAUAAUCAAGAUAGAAUUUAUGAAUAUUAUCGAUUUAAAACACCGCUUUGAAAGAUUAUAUUUGUGCCUGAAGUUAACUUUCAACAUGAUCUCGGACAAGCUAUGUCUAUUACUACUAUCGCUGUGAUUUUUAAGUGACUUUGAGUGACACAACAUGGCUGCUCUACCUCCCCUUAGUUGCUCGCCGAGAGUAAAGGAAGAAAUCGUUUACCCAAUUACGUGCACAGUGGCCACAAAUCUUCUGGCUCCCGUCAAAACAGAACAACAAAUUUUAGAAAAUUCUAUGUUAGAAGAUGAUCCGAACGCCAAUUGUGCUGUUGCAGCCGUCCCUAAAGAAAAGUCUGGUCCCAGGUGGGGGCCUCAGCACAAAGGGGCACAGGAGUUGGCAAACCUCUACAGUAAAGGUAAAAGAACGCAAGAAGUCAUCUGCGUGGGAAUAUGUCUAACCCUGAUGGUUAUAAAUUUUGUAUUUAUCGUAUAUUAUAUUCACUUAGAAAAAUUAAGUACCAUUCUCGUUGCUGCUUUUUGUGGAAUCGUCACUGCUGAUUUUGGCUCCGGACUGGUACAUUGGGCUGCAGACACAUGGGGAUCUGUAGAACUACUAUAUAUAGGAAAAAAUUUUUUACGACCAUUCCGAGAACACCACAUCGAUCCAACGUCCAUUACCCGCCAUGAUUUCAUCGAGACCAACGGUGAUAAUUUCAUGGUAACAAUACCAUUCCUGGGUCGUAUGGUGUGGGAUUUUCUUACUCUCUCCAAAGAAGAUGUUCAAAUUAGGUUUACAUGGAACUGCUAUAUAUUUUUAUUGGCUAUAUUUGUAGCGAUGACUAAUCAGAUUCAUAAAUGGUCCCAUACAUACUUUGAUUUGCCGAGUUGGGUGAUUUUCCUGCAAGAAUACCGAAUCAUCCUUCCUCGUCGACAUCACCGUAUACACCAUGUAGCACCUCACGAAACAUACUUUUGCAUUACAACCGGUUGGUUAAAUUGGCCACUGGAAAAACUUCGGUUUUGGAGUACACUUGAAAUAAUAAUUGAAAUGUGCACGGGUUGCAAACCACGAGCUGAUGAUUUUAAAUGGGCACAGAAGAGGACGUGAUAUAUUUAUAUUAUUUUUAUUUUUAUGCAGUUUAAUGGAUGAAAAUAUUAUGUCAAAUUCCAUUUUAAUGUUGCCAUAUAAAAGAGUUGACAAAGAGAAAAAUAUCGAUUAUCAUAACUAUUAUGCAAAUAAAACAUAAUUACCAACUUUCAA